AUGUAUUCCUCAUCUGUGGACACGUCGAGAAAGACUAUGUCUGGACAAAGAUAUGAAAGAUUUCCAGAAAAUACGUCGAUUGCAAAUAUGACAGGUGGUGCGGUGCCGAGAUCUCAUGCCGCAAAAAGGCAAAGAGGGAUCAGCGCUAGUGCUAGAGGGCCGCAAAUCUAA